UUGGGUCAAACCUUAGCUCAGCGUAGUUGUUUGGCUCAGUGUGAUCAUAAACUUUUCCAGUGUAGUUGUUUGGCUCAGUUAAGUUAUCCAUGAGUGUUGAAGAAAUGUCCAUCAAAGGUGAUGAACCACCCCCUACAUAUAUUGUUAAAGAAAGAAAGUUUGGAGGUAUAGAGUCUUCCCCAGAAUUGGGUCAAAUCCCCAUCAUUGAUAUCAGUCUCUUCUCCACAUCAUCAAAUGAUACUAAGGAAGCAGAGAUCGAACUAAACAAACUCAAAUCAACUCUAAGCUCAUCAGGGUGCUUCCAGGCAACAGGUCAUGGGAUCUCAAGUUCCUUUCUGGACAAGGUACACGAAGUUGCGAAACAAUUCUUUGAGCUUCCAGAGGAAGAGAAGCAAAAAUACUCCAGAGAAAUUUCCGGUGGCCAAGAGGGAUAUGGGGAGGAUGUUAUUGUCACAGAGAAGCAAGUUCUUGAUUGGUCCUACCGCCUAAUUCUUCAAGUAUUCCCUGAAGAUCAAAGAAGGCUUGAUCUCUGGCCAAAAAAUCCAAAUGGUUUUCGAGAAGUUCUGCAUGAAUAUGCAGAAAAGGUUAAGUCCAUCAUGAGUGUUCUGUUUAAGGCCAUGGAAAAAUCUCUGAAUCUGGAAGAGAGCAGCUUUUCGGGUAAGCUGCUUGGAGAGAAAGCUCAGAUGAGAGCACGAUUCAACUUCUAUCCGCGGUGUUCAAGAGCCGAUCAGGUGUUUGGUUUGAAGCCUCAUACAGAUGGGUCAGGAAUGACUGUUCUAUUGCAGGACAAAGAAGUGGAGGGUCUUCAAGUUUUGGUGGAUGGUAAAUGGAUUAGAGUCCCCAUUGUGCCAAAUGCCAUUGUUGUCAAUCUUGGUGCUCAAAUGCAGAUUAUGAGUAAUGGCAUUUUCAAGAGCCCAGUGCACAGGGCGGUGACAAAUUCAGAAAGAAUGAGGCUCUCUGUGGCCUUGUAUAAUGCACCAGAUCCUGAAACUGAGAUUGGUCCAGUGGAGAAACUAAUAGAUGAGACAAGGCCAAGGUCAUACAAAAAUGUCAAGAACUAUGCCUAUAUCAACUAUGAAUGCACUCAGAGAGGAGAACUAGGCCUUGAUACAUUAAAGAUUUAAAUUUCACUUCUCUGCAGUCUGUACCAUUAUCAUGUAGAAGUAGCACCAUAUAUGUAUGCAUUAUGAAGCCUGCAAUAAUGGUUUAUCUACUUUUUAUUUAUUUAUUUCUCUGGAAAGUACCUUUCUCUGCAAAAAUGUUACAUUAUGCGUACGUAGUUGCAUAAUUUUGACUGUUACUAAU